AGGGGUUGUUGGGUAGGUUAGAGGUUUAAGGUCUGUUACUGACUUUUCUAUUCUAGUCAGCCUAGCUUUCCUUGAUGUUACAAUGCCUUGUUUUUCAACAGCAAAUUUAGCUUACAGCACAUCAACACUUUGUUUAGCCAUUAUAUGUGCUGUAAUAGUUUGUAGUUCAGAAGACAGGAACACACUACAACCCUCUCUAGGCCCUGUGGACUGUUUAAUGUCAGAAUGGUCUUCAUGGACGCGUUGUGACCCCUGCAACAAGAAGAGGUAUCGCUAUGCCACAGUGAUCCAGCCAUCUGAGUUUGGCGGAGAACCGUGUCAUGAUCACGGCAGAGAGGAGGAGCCCUGCACUCCUCCAUCUCGAUACUCCUGUCGGACUCGCACUCCUUUAUGCCAGGGCUUCCGCUGUACCAUCACAGGUCGCUGUGUGUUGGAGGGUCUUCGCUGUAACGGUGAUGAUGACUGUGGUGAUGGAUCUGAUGAAAAGGAAUGUGAUAAAGUGUACAAAGCAUGUAAUCAGCCAACUAAAGAGUAUUAUGGAAUAGAAAAUCUGGCUAAAGGAAUUAACAUCUUGAAUGGGAAUCUGGAGGCAGUGGUGCUUGACAACCGCUACUAUGCUGGUGGCUGCUUGCCUAAUUUUAUUCAGGAUGUUCGCUUCAGGAAGCCAUAUAAUCUACAACAGUACACAAUAGAGACAAAAGGCUCCUAUGAUUUCAAGCUGGAUGCCUUUGAGUCAUACAGUGACUUCUCUACAAGUGAAAGCAAGGCAACUCUGUCCAAGACCAGUGUCUCUAUUGGAAUUGCUAUUCCUAAUGUUUUUGAAUUCAGUGUUAAUUAUAAUGACCACAAGUACAAGAAGUCAGUGAAGAAGAUGCGCAGCUUUACAGGGACGAAAAAUAAAUUUAUCCGUGCCCGUGCUGAGCUUGAGGUAGCACGAUAUGCUUUAAAGACAGAAAAUCUGAUGUUACACCCUGAGUUCCUGUCCCGCCUGCACUCCCUGCCAUUGGAGUACACAUACGGCGAGUACCGGCAGCUGUACAGCGACUAUGGGACACAUUUUAUAAAAGAGGCAAUGCUUGGUGGAAACUUUGAGUAUAUUAUUGUGCUCAAUGAGGAGAAAUUUGAAAAAUCCGGCUACACGCUCGAUGAUACCAAGAAAUGUAUUCAGCUUGGACUCAAAGUAGGGGUCAACAUUGAUGGAGUGUAUGUGAGUGGAGGACUUUCUGGAGGUGGCUGUAAAGGUCUACUGAAAGAACUCGGAGAUUCCAGUAAAACUAAUGAAAUGGUUGAAGAUUUAAUUAUUGCGGUGAGAGGAGGUGACAGUGAGACAGUUUCACGUCUAGCAGCAAAAGAACUACCAACUCCAGACAUCAUGCAGCUGUGGGGUGAUGCUGUCUUCUACAAUCCUGACUUUAUCAGCAGGAAGAUUGAGCCACUGUAUGAGUUGGUGUCAUCGCGAGACAUCUCUGAUGCUAACAUCCUAAAGAAGAACCUGAGGAGAGCUCUGGCAGAGUACCUGAAAGAAAUCAGCUCCUGUCGCUGCUCUCCCUGUUUGAAUAACGGAAUAGCAGUCCUCAAAGGCUCCAGGUGUGUGUGUGUUUGUCCAGCUGGUUUCAGGGGAGUGAGCUGUGAGAUAACUCAAAGAAAAGUAAUGGCAGUAGAUGGCAGUUGGAGCUGUUGGUCUUCAUGGUCCACCUGUACAGAGAGGACCCAGAGUCGCACCCGCCAGUGUAACAAUCCAGCCCCACAGAAUGGUGGAGUGACGUGCCUGGGACCUCAAGAGGAAUCAGCUGAUUGCUUCUAACAUACAAUGUUACAAUCAAUCAAUUUUGUAUGGAAAAGACUUAUAAAGUAGUUUAAUAAAACCACAUAACAUACAUUAUUGAAAA